UAUUGGCCACCUCCCCGCAACGGAGCUAUUGUCUUUCCAGGGUCCGCAGGACAAUACCGGUUUCGCGGUCUGGAUCUGUUGGAUAUAAUAAAGACGUGUGGUGGGAGCGGCUGCGGUUUUCUUCCCGACCCUAAUCUAGAGCUUCGAGAGACAUUUAAGUUAGUUAUCGUAACGUCGGGUUACCACGACUCUUGAGAGUCAUUUCGGACCGGAGGCUCUCAUACCACGAAGUAAUGUAUGGACGAUCGAUCCGCUGAUCGGUUACCUGCUUCGGCGGCACAAUGCUUUCAGUUUGUUCCUUCGGGCGUCAGUGGUCGCUGCGCCGCGGGUGUGGUCCGCGCUACCCUGUCGUUUCACCCUACCACAAACUGUGGACUCAUAUAGUAGUGAUCAUCCUGAUCAUUUCCCUAUGGAUCCCUCGAACCACUGCUAUUUUACUUGAGGACCCCCCGCGAUCGACUGAGACAUCGUUACUGGUUGAUACGCGGAUACCGAUUUUCGUCAAUGGUCAAUGGCAGAUCAUGUCUGAAGACGAGCAUCGCCAACUCGUUCCUAGACAGCCAGCAACGCAGACAUAUCAAAUCGAUGUCUCGACUGCGACAGCCGAGUCUACCGCCGCUGCCACAAGCGUUGCUUCGGGUCCCCUUCCAACACCUUUUGAUGGAGCACUCGCGGCAAACUUCUCUGGCGAAGAUGGAGCUGGAUCAUGUCUCGACUUCAUCAACAGCUUUCUAGAAGACCCAACCUUCCAAAGCUGCUAUCCCCUUUCACUACUUCUAAAGGGUUCCAACUCUUUCUUCCAGGCUAUGAGAUCUAUAGUCAAAAUAACACAAGUUCUUGAAACAUCGUGCGCGGCCAACAAAACAACUUGUACAAGCUACCUCGAUAACUUGGCCGAAAAGCUCAAGUCUGAUGAUAAUUGCGGAGAGGAUUACGAUAAACAGAACGCGCUCGUCGUCCAGGCUUACAAAGGAAUGAAGGCAUACGAAGAGAUCUACGGCGCGACUUGUCUAACGAAUCCAGAGACUUCGGCAUACUGUUUCGUUAACGCGGUUACAAACCUGACGACCGCUUCUAAUGUCUACCUCUAUAAUUUACCUUUCAACGCAACACUACCAUCGACAGCUUUACCAGCAUGCGAUUAUUGCACAAGCGAGACGAUGAAGAUAUAUCAAUCAGCGUCGGCAGACCGAUCAAAAUGGAUAGCGAAUACAUACGUGUCGGCAGCGCAACAAAUCGAUUCGGAAUGUGGAGCGACCUUCGUUAGUGCAGAGCUUCCCGCGGCACUCCCAGCGAGUGCAGCGACAUCUACGGCACAAGCACCAUCUCUGCUUAUAGUGUCACUACUCAUCAUGGCUAUUUCUCGAUGGAUUCUAUAACCUAUUCUACUGGCUCACAACCGGUAUUGAAUUCGAUACCAAGAGUAAUUUAUUUUAAGGGCGUGUUUGGUAUAGGACGGGACGUAUAUCAUGCUUAUUUUGGCAU